GAGGAAAGCGAAAGCAUGAUAAAAUCUUUAAAGCAUACAGGAGACGCAGUCGUAAAAGAUUUAACAUCAUUUCUUAGUGAACAUGCGCUGAAUGCAAUUUGUGAAACUGCAAUGGGUACUUCUCUAAGAGAUCUAAAUGCAUUCCAACAACCUUAUCGAGAUGCGGUUUACCGGGUGGGCGAACUUCUUUCUUAUAGAUUAAUGAGGCCAUGGUUGUAUUCCGAUUGGAUAUUUUUAUUAACGCCAAAAGGUAGAGAGCAAAAAAAGCUUUUAAAGAUAUUACACGGAUUUACCGAAAAGAUUAUAGCCGAAAGAAAACUUUACCAUGAACGCACUAAUGGUCAAUAUUUGAAAAACUUUGGUAAUGAAGAUUUAACAGAAGAAAAUUACGUAAAAACAACUGGAACACGGAAAAAGCGACUUGCAAUGUUGGAUCUUUUAAUAUCGGCAUCUCGUGAAGGUCUGAUAACUGAUUCAGAUAUUAGAGAAGAAGUCGACACUUUUAUGUUUGGGGGUCAUGAUACUUUAUCGACGAGUCUAUGCUUUAUUUUGGCAUUAUUAGCUGAGCAUAAGGACAUUCAGGAUCAUGUCAGGAAUGAAGUCAAUAUUGCUAUACAAGAAAAUGGGGAGAAAUUAUCUAUAAAGUUAUUACAACAGCUAACAUAUCUGGAGAGAUGUAUAAAGGAAGGAUUGCGCUUGUAUCCCGUCGCAUAUUUUAUAUCACGCGUUGCUGCAGAAGAUGUAAAAUUACAGUCAUAUGUAGUACCUGCUGGUACAAUCUUGUACAUGUUUUUAUACGGAGCCAACAAAGACCCAAAUUUUUGGCCAAAUCCAGAUGUAUUUGAUCCAGAUAGAUUUUUGCCCGAGAGGAUCCGAAAUCGUCACCCUUACUCGUAUUUACCAUUUAGCGCUGGACCACGCAACUGCAUCGGUCAACGAUAUGCAAUGCUGGAAAUGAAGGCGAUGAUAGCCUCUCUGAUACACGAUUUCUACUUGGAGCCUGUUGACUAUUUAAAAGACCUUUCAUUGCGAGCGGAUGUAAUACUUCGUUCUGCUCCGCCACUUCGUGUAAGAUUUGUUCCUAUUCAUAAAAUUAAUACAUGCCUUUGAAUCAAAUAUCGAUUUAAUAAUCAAGUGGAAGAAAUAUUAUACAUCGU